AUGACAGACGCAGUGGUUCAACUUCGGUGCGGCGUGAAGAAUGAUUCAUGGGGAAAGAAAGGCAAAGAGUCUGUUGUAGCUCAACUGUGGUCCAAAUCCCCUAACAAUGGGCCAAUUGAUGACUCCAAACAUUACUCCGAGAUGUGGCUAGGCACAUACCCCUCGAAACCGUCAUAUCUGCUUUCUACUGGUGAACUUCUCGGAGAUUAUCUGAAGAAGAACCCCCAGCUGGUAGGUAAGUCUGUGCACGAUAGAUGGGGACCAGAGAUCCCAUUCCUGCCAAAGAUUCUAUCCUUCAGCAAGGCCCUUCCUCUACAAAUCCACCCAGAUCUCAAACUCUCCGCCCAGCUACACAAAGAUGACCCCAAGAAAUAUGGCGACACAAUGCACAAGCCGGAGAUCGCAAUCGCGCUAUCCAACUUCGAGCUUUUCGCCGGCUGGAAGCCACUAGCUCACAUCGAAACGUUGUUCGGGUUGAACCAACUGGGAAAAUUCCUACCCAAAACAGGCGAAUUCAACGAUGAGGCUUUGCGCCAGGUAUGCAAGGCUCUACUCAAAGCGCCACCAGAAGAAGUUGUUCAAACAACCAAAGACCUCCAAGCAAUCCCCGAAUCGCACUUCGGCGCUCACUCCUACAUCCCCAGCCUCCUCAGCCGUCUAGCUAAACAAUACGGCCAAGACGACAACGGAAACCUCGUCGCCGCCCUACUCAUGAACUAUCUGACCUUAGGACCCGGCGACUCGGUCUUCGUCCCGGCAGACAGCAUCCACGCCUACCUGGAGGGCGACAUUGUGGAGUGCAUGGCGCGGUCGGACAACGUGAUCAACACGGGGUUCUGUCCCGCUGCGGAUCGAGACAACGUCGACUUAUUCGGCGAGGCGUUGAGCUUUGUACCGCAUAAUGCGCACGAUGCAUUGCUACCGCGGAAGAAGAGCGAUAAAGGGAUGAAAGGAAUGACAGAUGUCUAUGCGCCGCCCAUUAGUGAAUUCGCCGUGCUUUGUACCACUCUUGGCGCUGGAGAGAAGGAGACGCAUAAGGCUAUUCUGGGACCUAGCUUGAUGAUUGUUACGAAGGGAUCGGGUCGCAUGAAUAUCCCUGGUGAUCGCGUUGUAGAGCUGAAUGAGGGAUGGGUGUUUUUUGUGGGUCAGGGUGUUGCGCUGGACUUUGGCACUGACAGGGGCAUCGCUGUUUAUCGGGCGUAUGCGGAGUAA